AGGUGAUUUUGAGGAGUAUGUUAGCCCUGGUAGGUACACCUAUAAAUAAACUUUCUUUAUUUAUCUGGGUGGCUUGUCAUGUUUUUGUUUAUUGUUUUAGGGUCUGCUGUCUGUCUGGGGGACAUCUUUGAGCAGGAGGCAUUGUUUGUAUUCUGAGCAGCAGAAAAAAAAAUGUGUUUAUCAUCUUGGGAGGGUUCUCAUUUGCUUCGAAUCCUUAGGACCUUUCUUUCAGAUGUCUUUGUUUCUAUUUCACUUUGUUCUUCUUUCUGUCAGCCACCCUAAAACAGGUAUUAGAUCUUGUAGUGCUCUGGAAUUGGCUCAUUCUAGAAGCUUUGUCUACUCUUGUAACUAAAAGUAAACAAAAUCACCAAAGCCUUUAAGUGAUGAAACUUGCUGAGCAUCUCUGAGAUUACAUUUGCUGUAGUUUCUGUUUGUGACUGUGGGAGCAGUGCUUAUCUGCCCCCAGGAAACAGAAAACUUCAGUGUGUUUUCAGAUAAAAUAAGGAAGCGGUGGCUUUGAAAUCCAGAUGUUGGGUAUGAUUUCGCUGAACUGCUUGAGUGAGGUUCAGAAGCUGGGGACGUUCUUUGUCUGAAUAUGUCCUGUUUAGUGCUGAGCAAACCAUUUGUGAGUGAGACUUGGUUAUCAUUUCAGACCAGAGGAUAUGAAGAAAGUAUUAAACAGCUGUCACCAGUGAAAUUAUUUCAGGCUUCAUCCUUCGUAGAUAUAGAAGAGUUAUGCCCAUAGUAAGCUCCAGUUGACAGGAAUACUGAAUUUCUGGUUCAGGGCUUAAAACAGUGCCAAAUUUUGAAUUAGAGUUGCUCUGACAGGGAGGGGUAAGUUGAUGCCUCAUUUUUUGAUUCCAGUGCCUUUCUUGUAGUGUCUACCUACAGCCUGUUUUGGGGACAUGGCGCUACUUGAAGUCUUAUCUGCCUUACCACUUGCAAACUGCAGCUCCUACUCCCUUUCCCUCUUCAGGUUUGUCAACCAUCCUCUCUUUGUGGGGGUACAGUUUAUUUUUAGACACCAUUACUUGUCUCAUCUCAAAGCCUUGACCUUUCUGUCCUGUGAUAAUGCUGCCCACGAGGAGCUGGGCUGCAGCUUUGCCUCUGAGGCUGCCAGUCUGCACCACACCUUCCUGCUCCAGUGCACUGUCUGUGCCCUGCAAAGUCACACUGGUCUUUUCUCCUGACUCUGCAUUGCGUGCCUGUGUCUACCUUCGCUACUUGUUCUUCUUGUGACUGCUUUUCAUGUCAGACUUUCUUCUUGCCACUCUCCAGAACUCCUCCUUAGUUCUAACUUAAGCUUUUCCAAUUGUUCUGUGCCUGAAUAUUAGCCCACGUAGUUUUGGGGCUAUGCAGCAGCUGGAGCUGUGCUGUAACAUUGUUUUUAUCUGUCCUCUGACAAAAUUAAUGCAUCUUGUCAUCCUCUAUCUUGUUGAGGCACAGGCUGUGGGGCUUUAUUUCUACCUCUAUUUAAGAGAGGUUUAAGAGAAAAGAUAUUUUAAAACCAAAAGAUGUGUUAGCUCUGUGAGAACAGAUGAGGAGAAAGGACAGACAGGUUAUUUGGACAGAGAGGAAGUCGGUGAUGGAGGUAUCAGACACCAUGGAACAACUGUGUGGAGCCUCCUGAAUUGCCACUCAAGUCAUUUCUGAUCCCCCCUCCCCGUGUCACUGAGCAUUAACAAGUCUGUUUGCCAUGCUCUGGUGAGGUGUGUGAGGGCUGUAGAGUUCCCAGAAGUCUGCUCUGUUGGACUGCUGGGUCCUGCUGCUGUUUGGCUGUAGAUUUUUGUACCCUCACAAGCAGAAGGGACCUGCUGGUGUCUGGUGUCCUGGUCAUGGCUGGCAGCACUCCUGGGCCUUACACCAGCAGUGUUCAGAGGAGUGGACAGUUCAUGUGCUUUGUUAAACCGCUUUUCGUUAACUUGCAAGUCUUUCUCUCAUUUCCAGUUGCCAUCUUCUAAAUGGAUUCCAGUGAAUUUUCAGGAUCUCUGGACCCCCUGUCCUUGCCUGACAAACCGCUUAUUGGAGAUCUCCCUGCUGACAUGGAGUUUGGUGAAGAUCUCCUGGGCUCCCAAACAGCUUCCACCCAGGAAGCUUCAGUUCUUCAGCCCCCUGGCUGGGAUCAAUCCAAGCAGAUGGCUGCAGGUGGGGACUUGGACCUUCUAGUGAAAGCAGACAGCCUUUCUGAACUAAAUAAAUCAAAUGACCGCGUUCUAGAUAAACCUAAUGUCUUGGAUAUGCUGGAGAAACCUGAUGUCUUAGGUGACUUGGGUAAAACUGCUGACUUGAUGGAGCAGGAUAAACCUGAGGGUCUGGAUGGGCUGUGUAAGGCACAACCUUCCCAGGACGUGGAGGAUGGACCUUCAGACUCUUCUGCCCUCUCUAGAGAGGCCCUUGUUCCAGAAGCGUGGAAAGAAAGGGAGGAUGCACCAAAAAAUUGUUCUGGGGACCUAAAGGAAGGCGGUGCUGCUGCUAUUCCUGCACUGCCUGGUGACAAGGCCCCUGAAUCACCUCGAAAACCCAUUCCUGACUCUGGGAACCUCAGCAGUGCCCCAGCCACGGAAGAAACCACAGCACAGUCCUCGAGUCCAGCAAUGCCCCCACCCCAACUCAGUCUUAAACAGACAAAGAAGAUGAAGUUGAAAGCACCAAGGAAAAGCUCACCCCUGCAGAGGGAAGGGCUGGCAGGGGAAGCAGAGGUGGAACCGAGCCCAGACAGCAGAACUGCAGCUUUGCCCCCUGAGCCUAAGGAGGAAAACCAGGCAGAGGGAGGGAAUGAUAACGGGAAAAACUCGCUCAAAGAAAAUAGUGUACUCAAAGCACAGGAAGCCUCAGCACCAGCAGGAGAAAGCCUGUCUGGGAAGGGGAGCGAGCUGCCAGCUGAGAAGGAGCAGAAAAGAAGCGAACGACCCAGAAGAUCAGAAACUGCCAGGCCUGAAACUGUGAACUCCUCAGAGAGCAUUCCAGUGUCUGACGAGGACUCUGAUGCCAUGGUGGACGAUCCCAACGACGAGGAUUUCGUUCCUUUCCGCACACGGCGCUCGACCCGCAUGUCCUUGCGCACCCAGAUGGCCCAGCGAGCCGCCCGCUCCACCUUCACCAAGAUGACCUGUGCCAACUGCAGGACCCCCCUGCAGAAGGGCCAAACCGCCUACCAGCGCAAAGGGCUUCCUCAGCUCUUCUGCUCCAGCUCCUGCCUCACCACCUUCUCAAAAAAACCACCUGGCAAGAAGAUAUGCACCUUCUGCAAAAAGGAGAUCUGGAACACCAAGGACUCUGUGGUUGCCCAGAUUGGUUCAGGUGGCUCUUUCCACGAGUUCUGCACCUCUGUCUGCCUUUCCCUCUACGAGGCUCAGCAGCACAGACCAGCACCUCAGUCUGCAGAUGCCUCGGACACCAGUCGCUGCAGCGUUUGCCACAAACCUGGCGAGAUCCAGCACGAGGUCAGCAACGGGAGUGUGGUUCACCGCAUCUGCAGUGACGCCUGCUUCACCAAGUUCCGGGCCACCAAGGGGCUGAAGACAAACUGCUGUGACAACUGUGGACUUUAUAUCUACAACAAGGGCUUGCCCCUGGAGUACCUCUUCCAUGAAGGCCAGCAAAAACGCUUUUGCAACUCCACGUGUCUCAACAGUUACAAGAAGAAGAACACUCGGGUCUACCCCUGCAUGUGGUGCAAGACGCUGUGCAAGAACUUUGACAUGCUGCCCAACGUGGAUCGCAGUGGCAAGAUGGGCCUGUUCUGUUCCAUUUGCUGCACUACCUCCCACAAAGUGAAGCAGUCAGGCUUAGUUGGUCCCCCUAGACCCUGCAGCUUCUGCAGAAAGAGUUUAUCUGAACCCUGCUAUUACAACAAGACAGACCGGGUUGUCUAUCAGUUCUGCAGUCCCAGCUGCUGGACCAAAUUCCAGCGCACCAGUCCAGAAGGUGGGAUCCACCUCAACUGCCAUUACUGCCACAAUCUUUUCAGCGGGAAGCCAGAGAUCCUAGACUGGCAGGACAAGGUGUAUCAGUUCUGCUGCAAGGACUGCUGCGAGGACUUCAAGCGGCUGCGUGGGGUGGUGUCCCAGUGUGAGCACUGCAAGCAGGAGAAGCUGCUGCACGAGAAGAUCCGUUUCUCUGGGGUGGAGAAGAACUUCUGCAGCGAAGGUCAGACUUCAGAUCCAAAACCAGCUGUCCCUUCCCCACAGAAGACAGAGACUAACAUGCUGUCAGCAAAGGCCUCCUCAGCCCAAACGUCUUCAGCUGCACCGCCUCCUGCCCCACCUGUGGUUCCAGCCACCCCUCGGAAAAACAAAGCUGCCAUGUGUAAACCACUGAUGCAGAACAGGGGCAUUUCCUGCAAGUUAGAAAUGAAGUCCAAAGGAUGUCAGACAGAGGCUGACUGGAAGCCCCAGGUGGUUGUGUUGCCAAUCCCCGUCCCGAUCUUCGUGCCUGUGCCUAUGCAUAUGUACUGCCAGAAAGUACCUGUGCCUUUCUCCAUGCCUGUCCCGGUGCCUGUGCCAAUGUUCCUGCCCACCACCCUGGAGAGCACAGAGAAGAUUGUGGAGACCAUUGAGGAACUGAAGGUGAAGAUCCCCUCCAACCCCCUGGAAGCUGACAUCCUGGCCAUGGCUGAGAUGAUUGCAGAGGCUGAGGAACUAGACAAGGCCUCCUCGGACCUGUGCGACCUGGUGAGUAACCAGAGUGCAGAGGGUCUCCUGGAGGACUGUGACCUGUUCGGGCCAGCACGGGACGAUGUGUUGGCUAUGGCUGUCAAGAUGGCAAAUGUCCUCGAUGAGCCGGGCCAGGACCUGGAGGCUGAUUUCCCUAAGAACCCUCUAGACAUCAACCCCAGCGUGGACUUCCUCUUUGACUGUGGGCUGGUGGGACCAGAGGAUGUGUCCACAGAACAAGAUCUGCCUCGAGCUGUCCGAAAGGGGCAGAAGCGCCUGGUGCUCUCUGAAAGCUGUUCCCGGGACUCCAUGAGCAGCCAGCCCAGCUGUACAGUCCUGAACUACUCAUAUGGUGUCAAUGCCUGGAAGUCCUGGGUGCAAGCCAAGUACGCAGGGGGAGAGAGCAGCAAGGGAGAGGAGCUGCGCUUUGGCCCCAAGCCCAUGAGGAUCAAGGAGGACAUCUUAGCCUGCUCAGCAGCUGAGCUCAACUACGGCCUGGCCCAGUUUGUGAAGGAGAUAACACGGCCCAAUGGGGAGCGCUAUGAACCUGACAGCAUCUAUUACCUCUGCCUUGGCAUCCAGCAGUACCUGCUCGAGAACAAUCGUAUGGUGAAUAUAUUUACAGACCUUUACUACCUGACCUUCGUGCAGGAGCUGAACAAGUCCCUGAGUGGUUGGCAACCCACAGUCUUACCAAAUAACACUGUUUUCUCCCGUGUCGAGGAGGAGCACCUCUGGGAGUGCAAACAGCUGGGUGUUUACUCACCCUUUGUGCUGCUCAACACCCUCAUGUUCUUCAACACUAAGUUCUUCGGGCUGCAGACGGCGGAGGAGCACAUGCAGCUCUCCUUCACCAACGUGGUGCGCCAGUCCCGCAAGUGCACCACUGCCCGCGGCGUGACAAAGGUGGUGAGCAUCCGCUACUACGCUCCCGCCAAGCAGAAGAAAAGCCGAGAUGGUGGCUCUGGAAAGCGGAAGCGUGAGGAGGAGGUACCGAUGUUGGAGCAGCGGGAGAACAGGAUGAACCCCCUCCGAUGCCCAGUCAAGUUCUAUGAGUUCUAUCUCUCCAAAUGCCCCGAGAGCCUGCGGAACCGCAACGACGUGUUCUACCUGCAGCCCGAGCGGUCGUGCAUCGCCGAGUCCCCACUGUGGUACUCGGUGAUCCCCAUGGACCGGAGCAUGAUGGAGAGCAUGCUGAACCGCAUCCUGGCCGUCAGGGAGAUCUACGAGGAGCACAGUCGGCUCAGCAGCCUGGAGGAUGACAUGGACUAAGAGCGAGGUGCUGCUGGGCUGGCCGCGCUCCAGCCCUGGACACCCCAUCUUCCUGCCUCCCGCUGCAGGGCAGGGGCCGUGCAGCACGGGAGGGGAUGGUGCUGCAGCAGUGCUGUCCCUUCAUCAUUACCAGACUUGGACAUCCCAUCCUGCUCGUUACAGGCCUCCCUUACAUACGUGGCCCCCAUGCUCAGCUCUGCCGCCUCCUUUUGGCUGCCGGGUGAACCAUCUUUCCCAGGGCCAGUUCCCAUGGCACAGGGGUGGCAGAGUCCCUGGGGCACCUCCCCUCACCCUUGUCCCCUCCUACCCCCAGCCCUGCCACUCUCCCGCUCUUCCCCUGCCCCAGGGCAGGAGUCGCACAAGUUGGCAGUGCCCCAUCAGACCAGUGGCCCCAAAGCUUUUACCUCCCUCUUCCUUCAUCAUUCCCUCAUGAGGCUGCAGGUGGUAUGGCAGGAACAGUAGCUCUGCUGCUGGGCUAGGAUUGUGGUUUCAAGCCAGUGGGGAUGGAUCACAGGCUACCUGAGAGCUGUUGGGUCAGGGAGAGGGCUUUUUCCCAGGUGGGGGAGAGGUUUGGGUUGGCUUCAGAGGGUGGAGGAAGCUGGCACUGGAACAUGGGGGCAGAGAUCUGGCCUUGCCAUGGGACACGUCCCUCACGUGCAGCUGGGAUGUCUCUCUCAAUUUGGUCAGUUUUUCCUGAGAUGUCUGAAAACUGAUGGAGAUGGGUCUGGGCCAGUGCUGCCCCUCUUUCCCUGCUGUCCCCUGUCCUGAUGUAAGCCCCCUCUCCCCUGCAAGGUGCCCUCAGUGGGAACCUCUGCUCCAGCCAGGGGCUUGGGCAGCUGCUGGCAGAAACAGGGAGCCCUGCCUGGUCUCCCCCUCCCUUCCAAAGCAGCAGGCUGCCACCGCCCUGCCCAGGGCAAGUCUGGCUCCAGCUGUGCCACUCCCUGCUGCCUCCUGCCCCUCCUCGUGUUCUGGUCAGUCUUCUUGAGCUGUACAUGGGUCUCCUGUUGAGCCUGUAUAUAUUGUUCUGGGCCCUGGCCCGGGGCCAUCUGUUCUCUGUGUCCAUGUGGAGAGUGAGCCGCUCACCAGUCUUGUUGUAGUGAUGCCAGGGCGGUAGGAACUAACCCUGUGUCUCUGGAAACCAUUCAUUUCAAAUAAAGAUGUGGAAAACCUU